UUAGCUUGUGUUUUGUUUUUAAGCCUUUCAGCGUUAAGGUCCAAGUUCAGGAGAGUUACUGUUAGUUGGAGCAUAUUUUAUCUGAACAGGAAGCAUUCGGGCCGGCAUGCGGGUCUCCCAGGUUUUAGCCCGGCUCUACCUGGGCGAUCUGGACUCGGCGCUGAACUCGGCCGUGUUGACCAGCAGGAACGUCUCGCUCAUCGUCAACGCCAGCGGGCUGCCAGACCUGCCCUACCCAGCAGCCGACGGCCUGCAGGUCCUCCACGUCCCAGUCCAGGACCAGCCCCAUGCCCAGCUGGGUCAGUACUUUGACCCGGUAACGGAGCGGAUCCAGCAGAACCAGGCUGGGUCCACUCUGGUCCACUGCACGGCGGGUCGGAGCCGCUCCGCAGCGCUGGUCAUGGCUUACCUGAUGAGAUCUGAAGGCCUCAGCCUCCGUCAGGCCCACGAACUGGUUCUGGAGCGCCGGCCGUUUAUCCGACCCAACGCCGGGUUCUGGAGGCAGCUCAUGGAGUACGAGAGGGAGCUGUCGGGUCGGAACACGGUGAGAAUGGUGAGGACGGCAGCCGGGGUUCUACCUGAGGCCCUGCAGAACACGGACGGAGCCGAGUACUGUGUGAACAUCUGAAUGCGGUUCUGACCCAAACACAAGGUACCAGAACCAGACAGAGACAAGAAAACACAAACAUGGUAAAAAAACAAAAAAAAAAACAAGUUUUAUUUAUACGGCACACAGAAAGAUCAGAUAGCAUCAGAUUGGAUCGGUACUGGAAGGUCCAGAUGGCACCGGGUCUGAUCAGUGGGUCAGUACUGGAAGCUCCUCUUGGUCUGGAUAUCGUCCAGGAUCUGCUGCAGCUCCUCAUCCUCAAACCGACCCUCCAAACUGAAACCAGAACCAACAGAACCUUAAUCACACAGAAAUAAAGUCAUGUUGGAUCAACAGAACCGGUUCUGAACUGGCUGGGAUCUCUGUAAACGUAAACAGCAGUGGUCCUGUUCUAGCCCUGCAGAUUUCAGAACUGUCAACAGCUGGGAUACUUCAGAACCUGACCCGGUUCAUGGCCCAUUCAGGCGUGUUUAACCAGAAACACGUCCAGAACCAGCAGGGUCCGAGUCCGUCCUCUGGUAGAAGCGACCCCUGCAGACAGAACCGUUUGGACUUACAGUCACAGAUUUAAUGCUGCUUGUGAUUAAACCAGAACCAGCUGCUGUUCAUUCAGGUAAAAGAAUCGGGUCAACGGCGCUAAGCUAAAAGUUAGCACUAUUACUAGCGAAAUUUGUUUUAGCUUAGCAAAUUAGAAUUUUUUCUAAUUUUUUUUUUAAUUUGCUGACUUUGAAGACGAUUAGCGCACUUAGCUUUCUGUAAAUGAAUUUUUCUGAAUGAAUUUUAAAGCUCUACUUGGCUGUUUUUCAAACAUUCAAUUUAAUAAAAUUUGACAUCUGUG